AUGAUUCAAUCAAACACUGUUAAGCUUUUAAGUGGAUAGAUGAUGCCUGUCUUUGGCCUUGGUACUUAUGAAUCCAAAAAUAAGGAUAUUAUGACUACUCUCAUUAGAACUGCUUUAGAUGAUGGAUACAGACUUAUUGAUACAUCAAAAAUUUACUAAAAUGAAAAAAUGAUAGGUGAAGCUCUCUAAGAAAUUUUUAGCGAAGGCAAGUACAAAAGAUCUGAUAUUUUUAUUGUCACAAAGAUUCUUCCUUUCAAACAACAAAACACUGAAGAAGCUGUGAAAGGAUGUCUGCAAGAUCUUUAAGUUGAGUACGUAGAUUUAUUGCUUUUGCAUUGGACUUUUGCUCCUCCUGGAGAAAAUUUCUAGAUCAAUCACAAACCUGUCCAUGUUCAGUGGUAAGAAUUAGAGGCAGUUUAUAAUAAAGGAUUGGUCAAAUCUUUGGGUGUAUCUAACUUUAACACUUAAAGUUUGAUUGAUUUAUUAUCAUAUGCAAAUGUUAAACCAGUCGUUAACUAAAUAGAAUUGCAUGUUUUUAACUAAUAAAAAAGAUUAGUUGAAUUUUGCCAAAAAUUACAAAUGUAAGUUAUGGCUUACAGUCCUAUGGCAAAAUAUGAUAGCAUAAUCAAUAAUGAAACUAUCAAAAAAGUGGCUGAGAAACACAAAGUUCCUAUUGCUUAGGUUUUGCUUUAAUUCUUGCUAUCAAGAGGCAUAAUCGUCAUUCCAAAGACUGAAAAGCCAUCAAGACUUAAAGAAAACUUCCAAUCACUUCAGUUGAAAUUAGAUCAAAGCGAUAUUGAAUAACUUCAAAAGUUAGAUUCUAAAACACGUGUAGUAGAUGUCUAGCAUUAUGAGUAUUUCUUCAAAGGAAUUCCAUAUUUUGAUUGA